AUGGAGACUACCAGCAUGCCCGCCGCGGCGGCCUCGACGACCACUAGCCUCGGGGACAGCGAGGCACCUCUUUGGCAGGCCAUCAUCACGUUAAUCAUGCUCGUGGGCAUGCUCGUGGCCAUGGCCUUGGAGGUGGCACCCGCCGACAUGAUCAUGAUGACCACCCUGACCCUCUUCAUUCCGCUGGGAAUUGUCAGCGUCGGCGAUGCCGUCGCCGGCUUUGCCAACACGGGCAUGUUAACCGUCGCCGUUCUCCUCGUCGUGGCAGCUGGUGUGCAAGCCACAGGGGCGACCAAUCCGAUUCGGACGUUCUUGGAGCGUGCCACCCGUCUCAAGUCGGGACGCACCAUGUCCCUUCCCCGCAUCCUCCUCAUUGUCAUUGCUCCCAUCUCUCUCCUCUCGGCCUUUCUCAACAACACGCCCGUCGUGGCCAUGAUGAUCCCGGUUCUCGAGCGAUUUGGUCAGCGCCUGCACAUUGCUCCCACCAAGCUCCUUAUUCCGCUCAGCUACGCCUCGAUCCUCGGUGGCACAUGCACGCUGAUUGGCACCUCCACCAACCUGGUGGUCAUUGGCCUGGCUCAGGAAGCGGAUCCUGACUUUAGCAUGGGCCUCUUCGACAUUGCCCAGGUUGGCCUGCCCGUGCUAUUGGCCGGCACUCUGUUCAUGAUUCUGGCUGGGCCCCGCCUUUUGCCCGACCGACAAGGUGUGGCAGCCUCCCUGCAACGUCCCAAGGAGUACAUGACCUCCAUGUACGUCCGAAACGCCGACGAAGGUGGGGGCUCCCUGGUUGGCAAAAGUAUCGCCGAUGCUGGCCUGCGACAGCUUCCAGACCUUUUCCUGGUUCAAGUCGAGCGUGCCAACUCGGGUGACGUCAUCAACGCCCCAGCUCCCGAAACGAUUCUCCAAGCUGGAGAUAAGCUCUUGUUCGCGGGUGUGGUCGACUCGGUCGUCGCGCUGGGUCAAGUACCAGGGCUCCGACUGGCCGAGCAGGGCUCCUCUAGCUCUUUGGAACUCUACAAACUCAAGGGCGAUGACAUCUUGAUUGAGGCUGUCGUCGCACCCCGCUCGAUCCUGGUCCACCGCACCGUCCGCCAAAUCGGCUUCCGCUCGCGCUACCAUGCUGCCAUUAUUGCAGUCCAUCGACACGGCGAGCGCAUCCGCGAAAAGAUUGGUAACAUUACUCUCCAGGCCGGUGAUGCCCUGCUCAUGGUGGCCAAGGCCGACUUUCUCAAGCAGUACCGGAAUCAAGAACAUUUUGCCCUUGUUUCUCAGGUGCGUCAAGCCAUCAAUCUCGAAGUCCUCAUUGUCAUUGCUGCGGCAUUUGGCAUCAGCAAAGCCAUGGACAAUAGUGGGGCAGCGGACAUGCUCGCCAGAGGCCUCCUUGCCGCCGCCAAACCCACAGGGACAGCCGGUUUUUACAUCAUGAUCUACCUCGCAACAACACUCUUCAGCUCUGCUGUUACCAAUAACGCAGCGAUUACCAUCAUGUUUCCGGUGGCCUUUCAGGCAGCUGUCGAUGCCAACGUUCGUGUCGAUCGAUUUCGGCAUCUUCAAAACUCCCCAUAG